CCGGGAGCAGCGGCAGCUUCCGACCAGUGGUCGCGCUUCCGGAGAGGCGUUUCCGGCGGCGGCGACAGCGGCGGCGGCGGUGGUUCCGGGUGUCUUUGUCCCCCCGGUGUCGCGGCCCUGGCCCGCAGGUUUUCCCCCCAAGGCGUUGAAAGAAGACAGCAUUCCCAAUGUCCCAGUUUAAGCGCCAGAGGAUCAACCCACUUCCAGGGGGACGCAAUUUUUCAGGCGCAACUUCAACAUCUCUUUUGGGCCCUCCUCCUGGCUUGCUUACAUCUCCUGUGGCCACAGACCUGUCCCAAAAUGCCAGGCACCUUCAGGGCGGGGAGAAGCAGCGCGUCUUCACGGGCAUUGUUACCAGCCUGCAUGACUACUUUGGGGUGGUCGAUGAAGAGGUCUUUUUUCAGCUGAGUGUGGUGAAGGGCAGACUGCCCCAGCUAGGUGAGAAGGUGCUGGUGAAGGCUGCCUACAACCCAGGUCAGGCAGUGCCCUGGAAUGCUGUCAAGGUGCAAACACUUUCUAACCAGCCCUUACUGAAGUCUCCAGCACCUCCCCUUCUGCAUGUGGCAGCACUGGGCCAGAAGCAAGGGAUCCUGGGAGCUCAGCCCCAGUUAAUCUUCCAGCCUCACCGGAUCCCCCCGCUCUUCCCUCAGAAGCCUCUGAGUCUCUUCCAAACAUCCCACACCCUUCACCUGAGCCACCUGAACAGAUUUCCUGCUCGCGGCCCUCAUGGACGUCUGGAUCAGGGCCGAAGUGAUGAUUAUGAUUCCAAGAAGCGCAAGCAGCGGGCUGGUGGAGAGUCUUGGGGUGCUAAGAAGCCAAGGCAUGACUUGCCUCCUUACCGGGUUCAUCUCACACCCUAUACUGUGGACAGCCCUGUCUGUGACUUUCUAGAACUCCAACGCCGUUACCGCAGCCUCCUGGUCCCCUCCGAUUUUCUGUCCGUUCACCUGAGUUGGUUGUCGGCUUUCCCUCUGAGCCAGCCCUUUUCCCUCCACCAUCCGAGCCGGAUCCAGGUCUCUUCGGAGAAGGAGGCAGCUCCAGACACUGGUGCUGAGCCCAGCCCUAUGGACAGUGACCCCACAUACUGUUCCAAGGUACUGCUGCUCUCCUCCCCGGGCCUGGAGGAGCUCUAUCGCUGCUGCAUGCUCUUUGUGGAUGACAUGGCUGAGCCACGGGAGGCCCCAGAGCAUCCUCUGAAGCAGUUAAAGUUUUUGUUGGGCCGGAAAGAAGAGGAGGCAGUGCUGAUUGGAGGUGAAUGGUCUCCUUCUCUGGAUGGCCUCAACCCCCAGACUGACCCGCAGGUGCUGGUGCGCACAGCCAUCCGCUGUGCCCAAGCCCAGACCGGCAUCGACUUGAGCAUUUGCACCAAGUGGUGGCGCUUUGCGGAGUUUCAGUACCUGCAGCCGGGGCCUCCCCGCCGGCUGCACACGGUGGUGGUGUACCUGCCAGACAUCUGGACCAUCAUGCCCACUUUGGAGGAGUGGGAGGCACUAUGCCAGCAGAAAGCCACAGAGGCAGCCCCCCCGUCCCAGGAGGCAUCAGGGGAGGUAGAAUCUACUGAGCAGACCCCUGAAACAUCGGAGCAAACAGCGGUCACUUCUAAACAGAACUCGGAGACAGCAGAGGCCACCACACAGCAAGACGUGGACACUGAUCUUCCAGAGGCCCCUCCACCCCCUCUAGAGCCAGCCAUCAUGGCACGUCCUGGCUGUGUCAACCUGUCUCUCCACGGGAUUGUGGAGGAUCGGAGGCCAAAAGAAAGAAUCUCUUUUGAGGUGGUGGUGCUGGCCGAGCUGUUUCUGGAGAUGCUGCAGAGGGAUUUUGGAUACAGGAUUUAUAAGAUGCUGCUGAGCCUUCCUGAAAAGGUCGUGUCUCCUCCUGAACCUGAAAAGGAGGAGGCGGCCAAGGAGGAAGGGCUCAGAGAGUCCAAGGAUGAGGUACAGAAUGAGGGCACAGCUGCCGAGUCAGACGCCCCACUGAAGGAUGGGCUUCUGCCCAAACCACCCUCUUGUGGAGGAGACGAGGAGGAGAAGCCCCGUGGUGAGGCAGCAGAGGACCUGUGUGAGAUGGCCCUGGGCCCAGACUUGCUGCUUCUGAGGGACGAUGGAGAGGAGGAGUUUGCAGGAACAAAGCUGGAGGACUCGGAGGUCCGCUCUGUUGCCUCCAACCAGUCAGAGAUGGAAUUCUCCUCUCUUCAGGACAUGCCUAAGGAGUUGGACCCCUCAGCUGUGCUCCCUUUGGACUGCCUUUUGGCUUUUGUGUUCUUUGAUGCUAACUGGUGUGGCUACUUGCACCGGCGAGACUUGGAGCGGGCCCUCCUCACGCUGGGGAUCCGGCUCAGUGCUGAGCAGGCCAAGCAGCUGGUCAGCAGGGUGGUGACACAGAACAUCUGCCAGUACCGGAGCCUUCAGUACAGCCGCCCGGAAGCAGCGGACGGCGGGCUUCCCGAGGAGGCGCUCUUCGGAAACCUGGACCUGUUGCCUCCUCCUGGGAAGAGCGCAAAAGCAGGUGCUGUCCCCACAGAACACAAAGGCCUGGUGCCCCACAAUGGCAGCCUGAUCAACGUGGGGAGCCUGCUGCAGCGUGCAGAGCAGCAGGACAGCGGCCGCCUCUACCUGGAGAACAAGAUUCACACACUGGAACUGAAGCUGGAGGAGAGCCAUAACCGUUUCUCAGCCACUGAAAUGACAAACAAGACACUGGCAGCUGAGAUGCAGGAGCUGCGGGCCCGGCUGGGAGAGGCCGAGGAGACGGCGCGGACAGCCGAACGGCAGAAGAACCAACUUCAGCGGCUGCUGCAAGACUUCCGUAGGCGCCUGACCCCAUUGCAGCUUGAGGUGCAAAGGAUGGUCGAAAAGGCCGACAGCUGGGUAGAGAAAGAGGAGCCGGCACCUAGCAACUGAGCACCUGUUCUGUGAGGUCUGUGAUGGAGCCCGAUGACAUUAGAGCCCUUUUGGAACCAGAAAGCAGCUGGAGCAGGGCCUGGGAGCCACAGGCAGGGGUGGCUACGCCCUGUGCUCAGCCUCUGAAGGGGACAUCAAGCCAUCAGAGUGGGGCCUGUGCUAUGUGGACGGAUGUGUAAGGAACCCCAGUUCCAGCUACAACUAAAUACAACAUCUUUUGCACCCCUAGAAUGUCAUUUUGCCCUCAACCUUGGACUCUCCCAGGGCCCUUGUAGUCUUGUGCUGUCUCCUGUCCGCGUCCAGUGUAUAGUAUGACGGGAGGGAAAGGCUUUUCCAGCCCAUGACAGGCCUGAUGCCAGUAACUGAAAGGAACUGAAGUGGAGUCUGGUGGAGGCUGAGAACCCCUUUCCUCUGGACUGCAGAGUCCUGUAGGUUCCAGGAGCAGACUCCUGGGGGCUCUGAGGCCUUUUUGGCGUCGGAGCCCAUGCUUGGAAAGCUGUCAGUGUUGGGUCAAGGUAGCCAAUAGAACACUGUGUUCCAGCCACCCCAGACUUGCCAGAAGAAACCAGCACCUCUUUCUCUGGCUCUUGUGUUCAGAAUGUGGUAUUGGCUCUGGCCCAGCCCUUUUUCCUGUUACCCAUAAUUCUCGCCUCUUUCCAUAAUCUGUGGUUUCAGUUUGACUUUGUAUAUAAAGUUGUUGGGUUUUUUUUUU